AUGAAGCCACAAGGUGACAGCCCGGACGAAGCGCCCGCCCUUUGCUGGGGGCUCUGCCGUGGCUGGCUCGCCCCGGGGCCCCCCGCUCCCUCCAGCCUGUUCGCCCUGGUGCAGGUGGUGGUGGAGCGCUACCAGAAGGAGAAGACCUUGCCCGCCUUGAGUAGGACCAAGUUUCUGGUGUCCCAGGACCUGCCCCUGUCCCAGUUCGCCAUCACCCUGCGCCUGUUCGCCCUGGUGCAGGUGGUGGUGGAGCGCUACCAGAAGGAGAAGACCUUGCCCGCCUUGAGUAGGACCAAGUUUCUGGUGUCCCAGGACCUGCCCCUGUCCCAGUUCGCCAUCACCCUGCGGACCCGUCUGUGCCUGGCCUCCUCCCAGACCUUCUACCUGCUGGUGAACAACAAAGGGCUGCCGAACAUGACGGUCACCAUGCAGGAGCUGUACCGUGACAACAAGGACGAGGAUGGCUUUCUCUACUUGACCUACGCCUCCCAGGAGAUGUUCGGCAGCUGUUCCUCUGGUGACCCAGUGGCCGCUAGGCUGUGA